AUGAAUUCUGAACGAAGACCCUCGGAGGCCAGCCAGGUAUCUUCAGAUGGCUCCGUGGCCUCGUUGCCUAUACUUAAUGCAGCCUCACCAAUUAGCUCUGCAUCGGAAGUCCGGUCAGUGCUAGCUCGACUAUACACAUCUCAUCUGCUCUCAACAUGGAACUCACGAAUGUUCGAAUUCGGCGCCGUCCUGUUUUUAGCGUCCAUAUUUCCGGGCACGCUACUCUACGCUUCGGUCUAUGCGCUUGUCCGGGCCUUAUCUGCCAUAGCCCUGUCAUCUUGGCUUGGUGCGUUAGUCGACAAGUCGAAUCGAUUAGUCGUUGUAAGGCAGUCGAUUGUUUGGCAACGAGUCCCCGUUGCGAUCUCUUGUUUGUGUUUCGUGGCACUCUCGGCUACGAAAAAUUGGGGUGUGACCUGGAUCUUGUUUGUUGUGCUGGGAUUCCUUGCUUGUCUCGAGAAACUGGCAGUCACUGCGAAUACAGUAGCUGUUGAGCGUGAUUGGAUUAUCGUCAUCUCUGACAGCAUCAAUGUGCCUCGACAAGACUUGAAUGCGUCGAUGAGACGGAUUGAUCUCUUUUGCAAGCUGAUUGCACCGGUAUUCAUCUCUUUUGUUGAUAGUUUUUCGACCCGGUUCGCUAUUUGGACUGUCCUGGGUCUGAAUAGCGUGUCUGUACUCGUUGAGUACGUCGCCAUCGCUCAGGUAUACCAAUCAGUGCCGACCUUGAGGAAAGAGACAGCCUUGGGUCAGAAUAGUGCCGACAGCGAGGCAAAUCACGCAAACCACCGCUCGUGUCAAACAAUAAGGAGCAACUUCCGCGAAAGCAUAGCUCCAUGGAAAGAAUAUUUCGCAAGCUCAGUAUUCUUACCGUCAUUUGCGCUUAGCUUGCUGUACAUGACUGUUCUUUCAUUUGGCGCAACCAUGACAACAUACCUGCUUCACAGCGGCUUCAAUCCUUUGGAAGUCAGUUGUAUGCGCAUUGGCUCGGUGGUCGCCGAAGUGUCUGGCACAUGGACAGCACCGAUCAUUAUGAAUCGCAUAGGUCCUAUCCGGUCUGGACUGUGGUUUUUGAAUUGGCAAUUCUGUUGCGUGGCCGGGGCGGCCCUUGCAUUUGUUCUAUGGGACUCGAACUCUAAGCUAGUUUCCGCAAGUUUGAUUACUGGUGUUGCUCUGAGUCGGAUCGGACUUUGGGGCUUCGACUUGUCGGCACAGUUUUUAGUACAGGAGAAUGUCGACGAAAAUUCCCGAGCCAGGUUCUCGGCAGCGGAGAUGGGACUGCAAAAUAUUUUUGAAAUGCUCUCAUUUGCAUCUACCAUUGUGUGGUCCUCGCCUGCACAGUUUCAGUAUCCGGUGAUGAUCAGCGCCGGAGCUGUAUCAAUUGCCGCCGCCUGCUUUGCGGCCUAUGUGCGCAAGGAACGGGGGCACCUACUGCAUCGAUCAAAGUGUUUGGGAGGUGACAAGCCAGUAUACAGACAGAUCAGGUCCCCAGCAUGA